CACGAGUUUGUUGGUUUUUAGAGGCCAAACAGGGGAAUACCCGCUUGGCACUUCAAAAAAAGGAUGCCAUUUCCUUCUCAAACCAGGAUUCUCCGGCCGCCCAACACGCCAUUUUGAAGGAAAAAGGUGGCGACGUUGCCGUCCUCUCCUUCUUGUAAUUGCUUCAUACAUCCAUCACAUUCAGUUCUUCGCUCUAGUUCAUUUCCCCUGUUUUCCUCUGUUUUCCUCUGUUUUCCUCUGUUUGCAGUUUCAAAAUGCAGACACACAACAAAUACUCCUUUGCAUUUCCCGAUAAACUAUCCGCCUUUUUGCUUCUACUGCCAAGAGCCGCCGUCCUGCUCUGCCUCCUCGUCUCCUCCUCCCUCCUCCUCCGCUCUGUUUUCUCUUCUUCUCCAUCCCACCGCUUCAUCCUUCCCGACCACAUAUCCACUUCCCCCACCAACAUAUCCCACAUCGUAUUCGGAAUUGGCGCGUCUGUUCAAACGUGGGAAGCGCGCAGCCUCUACACCCAUCUCUGGUGGAACCCCAACCGGUAUCGAGGGUUCGCUUGGCUUGACAGGGAGCCGGGAGAAACCAAAAACCUGGUUCCAUAUCGGGUGUCGGAGUCGUGUGAUGGAGUGGGUUAUUCGUGCACGACGGCGGCGGUUCGUAUGGCUCGAAUUGUGGUGGAGAGUUACAAAUUGGGACUGAAAAACGUGAGGUGGUUCGUUAUGGGGGAUGAUGAUACCGUGUUUUUCACGGAGAAUUUAGUUUCUGUGUUAGCGAAAUAUGAUCACAAUCAGAUGUACUACAUUGGUGGGAACUCUGAGAGCAUUGAGCAAGACCAGAUUCACUCCUACCAGAUGGCCUUCGGCGGCGGUGGAUUCGCAAUCAGUUACCCACUCGCCGCCCAGUUAGUCAACGUCAUGGACGGUUGUCUUCAACGCUACAGUUAUUUCUACGGUUCCGAUCAAAGGGUAUGGGCCUGUAUUACCGAGCUCGGCGUGCACCUCACAACAGAACGUGGGUUCCACCAGUUUGAUAUUAAAGGUGACCCAUAUGGGAUAUUGGCAGCGCAUCCAUUGGCACCACUUGUAUCGCUUCAUCACCUUGAUCGCUUGGAGCCAUUGUUUCCUAAUCAAACAAGGAUUGACUCAUUGAAUUUACUUAUGCAAGCAUACCGAAUGGACUCAUCUCGAAUUCUUCAGCAAAGUUUAUGCUACGACCGGAGGCGAAAAUGGUCUGUCUCCAUCGCAUGGGGCUACUCUGUUCAGAUAUAUCCUUUCAUGGUGGCAGCCACGGACUUGGAGAUUCCAUUUCAGACGUUCAAGACAUGGAGGACCUGGAGCGAUGGACCCUUCAACUUCAAUACACGUCCUGUGAAUUCUGACCCGUGCUGGCGACCGGUUGUUUACUUUUUGAAGCAAGCUCAAGAGGUGGGCUCAAGGAGUAUCAAAACCAGAUACGAAAGGUUCGUGGCUAAGGAAGAGAAAGUAUGCGAGACCAUUGAAUACGCUCGGAUCAUGGCGGUGAAAGACGUUACUGUCUCCUCAACGAAGAUGGACACAGAGCAACGGAUGAAGGCAGCUCAAAGACAGUGUUGUGAGAUUAUGGAUCGGGGAAGGAAUGACAAUAUCGGGAUUAGGAUUAGGAAAUGCAGGAACAGUGAAACAAUUACAACAUAGAUGCUUGAUUCUCCCAUGAAAAUGUCCGUUUAAUUUGGACACUUUUAAGAAUUAUGUUCUGAACUUUAAUAGCUAAAAUGUAGUAAAUAUAGAUGAGAUUGUGAGCUAUGGCACAUCAAACAAUGAUGCGGAGGAGAGUAGAUUCCAGGGCGGCGUGUGGAGACAGAGCAAGUAUGUAGAGCUCCGGCUGCGGCUGCGGCUGCCUAGGGGUCGGCGUUUCUGCAUACUCUGCUUACACACAGACACACAUGCAUAAUACUGACAGCAAACGCCAUGUCUUCCCCAAAACUUACAUUCUCAAUAAACGCAAAAAUGGGUUCUCUUUUUUGCUGUCAUCCCAUAUUCCAAGUUCAGAAUUCAAAAAUGGGGUUCUCCUGGCGAGUUUAUGCAUGUAUCCCCUGAACCCCAGCCUCUCAAUUUGCCUGCCCUCAGUGAGCUUGGAACUUGAACAUUUAUGUUUUAUAUGGAAAAAGUCUUGAAAAUAGGGACGUUUAUUAAUCUUUAA